UCAACACAUGAGAGGAGGAACCGGGUUUUGUCUGAUGGGAUCUCGAGGUGUGUCCCACAGCAGCAGGACUAUGGGGAUCAGACAUAGGACUAAGAUCCAGCAUCACUCCAAACCCAUCCACAAAAUAUACCUUACUUUUAUUUUGCUUCUGCUCAUUUUCACACCGAGAGUGGAUUCUUCGUGGUGGUACAUCGGGGCGCUGGGUGCUCGGGUGAUCUGUGACAACAUUCCCGGCCUGGUGAACAAGCAGCGGCAGCUCUGCCAGCGGCACCCGGACCUGAUGCAGUCCAUUGGGGAGGGAGCCAAAGAGUGGAUCAAGGAAUGCCAGCACCAGUUCAGGAACCACCGCUGGAACUGCAGCACGCUGGAGCGAGACCACACUGUGUUUGGCAGAGUGAUGCUGCGAAGCAGCCAAGAGGCAGCAUUCGUGUACGCCAUCUCCUCGGCAGGGGUGGUCUACGCCAUCACCAGGGCCUGCAGCGUGGGGGAGCUCAAGAUCUGCAACUGCGACGGCCACAAGCGUGGACAAGCCAGCGACGACAAGGGGAAUUUUGACUGGGGUGGAUGCAGCGACAACAUCAACUAUGGCAUAAAGUUUGCCAAAGCUUUCGUAGACGCCAGGGAGAGGAUGGUGAAAGACGCCCGCGCACUGAUGAACCUGCACAACAACCGGUGUGGUCGGAUGGCGGUGAAGCGGUUUAUGAAGCUGGAGUGCAAGUGUCAUGGGGUCAGCGGCUCCUGUUCUCUGAGAACCUGUUGGCUGGCCAUGUCGGACUUCAGGCGAACUGGAGACUACCUGCGCAAGAAGUACAACACGGCCAUCGAGGUGACCAUGAACCAGGACGGGACGGGUUUUACGGUGGCUGACAGGGACUUCAAGGGAAGCACCAGGAAUGAGUUAGUAUACGUGGAGAACUCGCCAGAUUACUGUCUCAUGGACCGAGCCGCUGGCUCCUUGGGAACAUCGGGCAGAGUGUGCAACAAGUCUUCGAGAGGCACGGAUGGCUGUGAGGUCAUGUGCUGUGGGCGGGGCUACGACACCAUGCGAGUCAAGCGCGUCACCAAGUGCGAGUGCAAGUUCAAGUGGUGCUGCGCUGUGGAGUGCAAAGACUGUGAGGACAUGGUGGACAUUCACACCUGCAAGCCCCACAAGCGACCGGACUGGCUGGACAUAACCUAAAAAAGGAGACGUCACCAACCACUGACUCAUUAACCCCUGCGCUAAU